AUGAAUGCUCUAGCAGUGUGUGGGAUAUUGUCAGCUGUCAUUUAUGCCCUUCUAUUUAACUUUACCUUAGUGAAAAUAUUUCUGAUUUUUGGAGGUCUCUAUGGAGUUUGCUCGUGGAUUUUUGUUGGUCUUUCUGCUUCUAAAUAUAAUAAUGCAAGAAGGAAGAUCAUGAUUUGUACUUGGUCAGACCCAGUAGGACCUGAAAUUUAUGGCUGCAUCAAAAUGAACUUUGAAAACGCUGCAAAAUUCUUAAAUGAAUUGCAAGAGAAAACAGGGAAGCACAUAACAUAUGUUCAUUUAGUUCUGAAAACCAUUGGCGAAAUGCUAAAAGAGUUUCCAGAUUUAAAUGGAAGGCUAACUCAAGGAUGCUAUGCUCCAAAUUCAUCAAUUGAUGUUUCUUUUAUGGUGCCUGUUGAUGAAAGAAAUAUUUCUUAUCCAAUCUGCAUAAAAUCAAUUGACCAGAAAAAUUUAGCAGAAAUUUCAGAAGAAGUAGAAAAAGGUGUGAAAGAGGCUCAAAAUAAAAAGGAGAUUGCUUUGUUAAAAUAUGUUCCAACAUGCUUUAGAGGUGUUUUAUGUGAAAUUAGAGCUUGGCUUACAGUCUCAUUAGGAUUGCAUAUUCCCUUCUUGGGCUCUUUGAGCUAUCCAUCUGGACACUGCUUAAUCAUUGCGGUACUAAAAUAAAAUCAAAAUGUAAGGCUAAAUUAUUUUAUGCUUAAAUAAUUUUUUUAUAAUAAAAUACUUUUGUUUUGAUAUGAUUAAAAAUGAAUUUAAUAAGUAAUAGUUCAUUAAUAAGAUCAUAAGAGUUAGUAAGCGAUAUAUCAUACACUGAAUUAGACACAAUAUACCUUCCUUUCACACCAUCACUAAGAAGCCCUGUCAGUUUUGUCAUAAACUCAGUCAAGCCAGAGCCUUGUGUCAUCAAUGGCGCUCCAGCUGUUCAAUCAUUCCUAACCCUAACUGGCACAAUUGAUCACAGAUACCUCGACGGAGUCCGUGCCGCUAAAGCUCAAAACAAAAUCAAAGAAAUCCUUGAGAACCCAGCAAACUUCUUUAAAUUAGACUAA